CAGUCUGGUAGCUUACUCUGUUUCCCAACUCCAAAUGGCAACACUCGACCACGAGAAUGCUUCGCAGAGCUCAGAUAUGGAGAUGGAAAAUGGAAUAGAUGUUGUGGACGAAGAAGACCAGAACUGGGACGAUUGGGAAGCCGACGAAGAAGACAACAUAGUGAACUCAGAAUUGGCUUGCUUGUUCUGCGAUUCUCGGCAAAGCUCCGGCCCAGCUCUGUUUCAGCACUGCGCUUCCUCUCAUCACUUCGAUUUCGAGAAAAUCAAGAAUGAUCUUCAUUUGGAUUUCUACGGCUGCUUCAAGCUCAUCAACUACAUUAGGUCUGAGGUUGCUGAAAAUAGAUGUUGGAGUUGUCGGAUCACAUGUAAGUCAAAGCAAGAUUUGCAGAACCAUUUACAUGAAAUGAUCCAAUAUGAAAAUAAUGCCCUGCCAUGGGAGGAGGACAAGUAUUUGAAGCCUUUCUUGCAGGAGGAUGCACUCUUGUACAGUUUUGUUGAAGACGAUGAAGGUGAAGAUGAUACUAUGUCAGUUGAUAACAAUGAGCUGGCAAGGGAACUUAGUAGUUUUGAACGUAUUAAAAUUGAUGAUUAUGAACCGGCAUUGGAAGAGGAUGAAUCUGGGCUCAGAGCCUGUUGUGAGAAUGGAGGAAAGAAGGUGGUUGCAUCUACCGCUGGUGGAAGUUGCAGUAAUGGAAAUUCUUUGGGCAAUUCUAAAGUAAAAGCUGUUGAUGCUAAUGACUGUAAUCUUGCACUUCAUAGAAAGGCAGAGGAUGAGGAGCAGACUAAUUAUUUUUCAGAUAUUGCAAAACAGAAAAUAAAGAACGUAAAUAAGAAUUAUUUUGGUUCAUAUAGUUCCUUUGGCAUCCACAGGGAGAUGAUCAGUGACAAGGAAAGAACAGAUGCUUAUCGGAGAGCAAUUGUGGAAAAUCCUUCUCUUUUUAGGGGUAGCACUGUUAUGGAUGUAGGUUGUGGAACUGGCAUACUGAGUCUCUUUGCAGCACAAGCUGGAGCAUCAAGGGUAAUGGCAGUUGAAGCUAGCGAAAAGAUGGCUGGAGUUGCAACACAGAUUGCUAAAGAAAAUGGCCUUUUGUGGAAUAAUAGUCUCACUGGGGUAAUUGAAGUCGUUCAAGGGAUGGUUGAAGAGCUUGAUGGUACCAGAAAUAUUCAGCCGAACAGUGUUGAUGUGUUGAUAAGCGAAUGGAUGGGCUAUUGCCUUCUUUACGAGUCAAUGCUAAGCUCUGUGCUUUUGGCACGGGAUAAAUGGUUGAAACCUGGUGGUGCAAUUCUACCAGAUACAGCUACAAUGUUUGUUGCAGGAUUUGGAAGAGGUGGUACCGGCAUUACAUUCUGGGAUAAUGUGUAUGGAUUUAACAUGUCUUGUAUUGGCAAGGAGCUAGCUGAAGAGGCUUCUCGUUUUCCUAUUGUUGAUAUUGUUGAUAGUUCUGAUGUAGUCACCAGUACGGCAGUCCUUCAGGCAUUUGAUCUGGUUACUAUGAAGACCGAGGAGAUGGAUUUCACAGCUAUAGUUGAAUUGGAGCCAAAGAAUGGAGGUUCCCUUGACAGCACCCCAGAGUCCAAGCCUAAGACUACUUGGUGCUAUGGACUAGUCUUGUGGUUUGAGACUGGAUUUUCUGGAAGGUUCUGUAAGGAAAUGCCAACUAAUUUGUCAACAUCCCCAUACCAGCCGAAAACCCACUGGUCACAGACCAUACUGACCUUCCGAGAACCAGUUGCAAUGUCUUCAGGAAGGUCAUCAGGCUGCGACAAGUCAGAAGCAGUAGGUACCGAUGCCUGCCCUGCUGUGCGAAUGCAGUCACGCAUAAGCAUUGCGCGUGGCAUUCAGCAUCGGAAAAUUGACAUCUCCGUGGAGGUUACAGCAGUUGGUCCCGAUGGGAGAAAACGAAGUUGGCCAGGUCAACUGUUUAAUCUAUAAUGAAUGAGUCUAAAGCCAAGAACUGAAAAGGGCAGUUAGAGGGAAACCCACAGCACUACUCGGGCUGUGUACUGGGUAAAUGGGCAAACUGGCUUGAGGUUUAUUGUUGGAUUACUGCCAUUCUAUUUAAUAGGUCCAUGUUGACCAUAUUUUGAACCUUUUAUUUAUUGAUUCAUUAGAUACAA